UCCUAUUUGUUUGGAGAAGACAAAACACAGAGCAAGAGAGCAGCAAAGAAACAAAAACAAAAAUGUGGGCUUCGUCUACAGCAAAUGCUCUCAAGCUUUCUUCUUCUGUCUCCAAGUCUCAGCUAUCUCCAUCUUUCUCCAUCUCUAGAUGCUUCUCCUCAGUGUUGGAGGGAUUAAAGUAUGCAAAUUCACAUGAGUGGGUUAAACAUGAAGGCUCUGUUGCCACCAUUGGCAUCACUGACCAUGCUCAGGACCAUUUAGGUGAAGUGGUGUUUGUGGAACUACCAGAGGAAAAUGGUUCAGUGAGCAAAGAAAAAAGCUUUGGAGCAGUGGAGAGUGUGAAGGCGACGAGUGAGAUCUUAUCUCCUAUCUCAGGUGAAGUCAUUGAGGUUAACAAGAAGCUAACAGAAGCACCAGGCUUGAUUAACUCAAGCCCCUAUGAAGAUGGAUGGAUGAUCAAAGUGAAACCAAGCAACCCAUCUGAGUUAGAAUCUUUAAUGGGUUCAAAGGAAUACACCAAGUUCUGCGAGGAGGAAGAUGCCGCUCACUAGGAUGGUUUCUCUCUACUUGUAUGUUCCAAAUGUCCUUAUUAAAAAAAAAACUUAUAAAAGUAUAUUCAGUUCUCAUGCAUAUUCUCAUAAGUCAUAACCAACACACCAACGAAUGUAUGGCUCGUUGGUUUUGGCUAUCACAAACAUAUUUUUAUACACCA